CUAUGCUCUGACAAUAUAGUUUGUGUACAAGUGGUAUAAUAGCCAACAGUAAAUACUCAAUAGUGUUUUAGCAAAAUUCGUAAACAAAACUAAAAAUAUUGAAUCGCUGCGAAUUACACAUUGUUACCAAUUGUUUUAAAUUCCAUUGGAUUCACGCCAUCAUUCAUAAUGCCGUAACAACACGAUUAGCUUUCUUUGACCGAAAAACCGGCUAAAACCAACAGUAUGUCUGCUAACAACGCUACGGCCGAAAACGGCCUUAAUCAAAUACUCAACGAAAUAGCGAAAGUUGAUGAAUUAGUUGAAGCAUUUAAUGGCUAUAUUGAAAAAGAAUCUUUAAAGAACUGUGAACAGAUCGAAAAAUUAUUUGUAAUGCUUACCAAUAUAGUAACUGGAUUAAAUGAUGAACAAUUAAGUGCCAGUAUAAAAAUUAUAUUAAAAGUUGCUUCAACUCAAACAGUAUGUGUUCGUCAAAAAGUUUUUCUCAAAAUGCUUGAAAAGUUGGUUCAAAAACAUGGUGUAUCUUCAAGACUGAUGUGUGAAUGUAUAAUUAAUUCUGAAUAUCUUGUACAUACAAAUUCCGAAUUUUGGAUUGAGUGUUUUCAUAUAAUUAAAAGCAUAUUAUCAACAGUUGACUAUAAAGGAGUUAGAGAAAUAAUGAAGGGAUGUUUGGAGAAAGUGGUAGCAAUGCCAAAAGCAUUACCUGCUUCUAUAUUACCUCAGUUUCUUGCACUCGAAGAAGUCAUUCGCUACAUAUUUGAUAGAGAAUCUUGUCUUCUUCCUGGUUAUUUUGUAAUUAAUGAAAUUCUCAGAGUAUAUACUGAAAACAGAGGAUGGCCACAUUGGAAACUUGGUUGUUUGGUGUCAAAUUUUGUAGAGAGUUUUCGAGGGGCUGCACAAAUGACAUCAAUGAUUGGCCAUUCUUCAAUGCUACCUGUUGUAGAACAUUCUGGUUAUGGCGAUCACUUAAUCACUCCAUGGAAAUUGGAUCCAUGUACAUUAAAAUUUACAUUAAAAGGGAACAUACCAUACCCUAAACAAAUAUUGCAACCUCAGACUAAAUUAUUAAGAUAUGUCUUAGAACAACCUUAUUCUAGGGAUAUGGUGUGCUCAAUGCUUGGCCUACAAAAAAUGAAUAAACAAAGAUGUAUUGUAUUAGAAGAACAAUUAGUGGAGUUAAUUAUUAGAUCAAUGGAAAAAUGUGAUAAAGAAAUGGCAGAAGGUGCAGACCCAGAAGAAAAUCAUUGGCUUUGGUUACAUAUUUCAAGUCAAUUAAUUUAUUUUAUUCUAUUUCAAUUUGCUGUUUUCCCAAAUAUUGUUAAUGCUCUUCAUGAAAAAUUAUUGAAAAAAGAUUUACACAGAUCAAGAGAUCGCUUAAUGUGGGUACUUUUGCAAUAUAUUUCUGGCAGUAUUCAACGUAAUUCAUUAGAAAAUAUUUUACCAGUUUUGAAACUGUAUGACUUAUUGUAUCCUGAAAAGGAACCUUUACCCGUGCCUGAUACCAGUGUUGCACUUUGCACUCAUCAAAUGGCUGUUACUUGCAUUUGGAUUCAUUUAUUACGUAAAGCUCUUAUGGACAACAUUAAAUUUCAUAGACCUAUACCAUUAGCUUUAAAAGCCCACCAUGAUUAUUUGCAGAUGUUGGUGCAGCCAUCAAAUGGUGCUUUAUGCAUGGGCACAGAUUACCGUGUACCAUUAUUGUGUAAUGCAUUCUCCACAAAUAAUGAGUGUUUAUCUCGUCCAAUGGCCGCUCUUGUAGAAGCUGUGUUAGGCAGUAGUAGUAAUCGAGGUAUAUCAGGGGUAACAUCUAAUCCACAGCAAUCCACUCAGUCCCCUGUAAUAACACCUGCAGUUGGAGGAACUUCUCCAGUAGCCUCAGUGCCAGGUUCUGGUGGCACUACAAGUCCAAUAAGUGGAAAUGCUUCCUCCUCUAAUGCCAUGGGUCCUACUACACCACUGAGUAUGGCUGUUUUAGAUUCAUUGACAAUUCAUGCAAAAAUGAGCUUGAUUCAUAGCAUAGUGACACAUGUACUCAAGUUGGCUCAAUCUAAAUCAAAUUUAGCACUUGCACCUGCUCUUGCAGAAACAUACAGUAGACUUUUAGUUUACACAGAAAUUGAAUCAUUGGGGAUAAAAGGAUUUAUAAGUCAAGUAUUACCAACUGUUUUUAAAUUUCAUGCUUGGGGAAUUCUUUAUACUCUGUUAGAAAUGUUCAGUUAUAGAAUGCAUCAUAUUCAGCCACAUUACAGAGUUCAGCUUCUUUCUCAUUUACACAGUUUAGCUGCAGUACCGCAAACAAAUCAAACUCAACUUCACUUAUGUGUGGAAAGUACUGCAUUAAGAUUGAUUACUGGCCUUGGAAGCAAUGAAGUGCAGCCACAAUUAUCUCGAUUUCUGAGUGAACCCAAAACUUUGGUAUCAGCAGAGUGCGAAGAACUCAAUCGUGCUCUUGUUUUAACAUUAGCUCGAUCCAUGCAUAUUACAGGGACAUCAGCUACACAAGAGGGAUCUUGGUGCAAAGAACUAUUAAGUACCAUUAUGGCUAAUACACCACAUACUUGGGCUUUACACACAUUGCAAUGUUUUCCUCCUGCUCUUGCAGAUUUUUUUGUUCAUAAUCCCAUAACCAAAGAAAAUAAACAACAAUUAAAAAAAGCAGUAGAAGAAGAGUACCGAAAUUGGGCAUCAAUGACUAAUGAAAAUGACAUCAUCGCUCAUUUUUCUGUACCUACAGCUCAUCCGUUAUUCUUGUGUCUUUUAUGGAAAAUGAUAAUAGAGACUGAUAGAAUCAAUCCAAUUGCUUACAAAAUAUUAGAACGAAUUGGUGCUCGAGCUUUAUCAGCACAUCUUCGAAAGUUUUGCGAUUAUUUGGUGUUCAAAUUUGCUGUUUCAGAAGAAGGCCAACAUGUUAACAAAUGUGUCGAUGCUAUCAAUAGUAUGAUUUGGAAGUACAAUAUUGUUACAAUUGAUCGACUUGUACUAUGUUUAGCACUUCGUACUCAAGAAGGCAGUGAAGCUCAAGUGUGUUUUUUUAUAAUUCAACUACUUUUAUUCAAAGGUGCUGAAUUCAGAGCUCGAGUGUGUGAGUUUGUUAAAGAAAACUCUCCUGAACAUUGGAAACAAUCUAAUUGGCAUGAAAAACAUUUAGCAUUUCAUAGAAAAUAUCCUGAAAAAUUUGCUCCUGAAGGAAUUUUAGAUCCUGCUUCUUAUCAACCUUUGCCUGUGUAUUUUGGAAAUGUGUGCCUUAGAUUUUUACCGGUUUUUGAUAUAGUAAUUCAUAGAUAUCUUGAAUUACCACCAGUAACUAAAUCAUUAGAAACUCUUUUGGAUCAUUUAGGAUGCUUGUAUAAGUUCCAUGAUCGUCCAGUUACAUAUUUAUACAAUACAUUACAUUACUAUGAAUCGAAAUUACGUGAACGACCAUCAUUAAAACGGAAAUUAGUAUACGCAGUCCUUGGAUCAUUAUGUGAAACUCGUGGCUAUUGGACAUUAUCUGAGCCUUAUCAAAAGUACAACAUGCAGACUCCAUCUUCUACAAAUAACACCACUAUGGGUACCAGCACAGAUGUGUCAGUUAUUCCUGCAGCUCCCAUAUGGGUACCUGAUCUUGAAUACUAUGUAAUGCUGGUUAAAAGAAUUACUGACACCAUGAAUGGAAAUGUUAAAUUUCCAAAUAUAGAUUGGAGAUUUAAUGAAUUUCCUAAUCCUGCCGUUUAUGCUCUUUAUAUGACUUGUGCAGAACUUAUGGCCUUACCACUAUCUCCAGCUUCAGUGGCCAAUUCUAUACUUGACGUUGUGAUGCAAAGAUAUACAGAGAUUCCAUCUCAUGAAAUACAUGGUUGGAUAAAUAGUAUUGGUCUUAUAAUGUCUGCAUUACCAGAACCAUUUUGGGUGACUUUACAAGACCGAAUCAUGCAAAUGAUGCAAAGCCCUGGUUUGACUAAUUGGCAGUAUGCUCACACUCCUUUUCAGCUAUUUAAUUUUGAUCUUGCUCAUGGAUGUAUGCUGGAUAACCGAUUUAUAUAUAUGUUAGCCUUAGCUCAUGCUACUUGGCAUCAUGCUGGGGUGGGACACAUUGCUUCUAUACCUUUGUUUGCAAAAGAAAAACUUGGGCCAUCUGUAUACAGUGAAGAACAAUUUAUAUUUUUAUGUCAUCUGGUUGCACCAUUUUUAUCACGAUAUAAUCUUGACAAACCAUCACCAUCUAUAUUGGAUAUUACUGUCGAAUUAUUUAAUGCAUUAGAAAGAAUGGACAAGCAUGUUCAGACUCUUCGUUACAUGGACCCUAUCUGUGAUCUAUUGUAUCAUAUAAAAUACAUGUAUGUAGGAAAUUUAAUGAAGUCUGAAGUGGAAGGAAUUGUCUUUCGUCUUAGAUUACCUUUACAAAAAAAACUAAGGUUUAUCACACAACUAAGUUUAGCUGAAGUUGAAGCUAUGAAUCAACCAAGUGCUGAUCCUGUAGUUCCGAUCUCAAAUGGCACUAAUGAUAGUGCAACACCUCAAAAUAUUAAUACGGCAACUAUACCUCAAUAAUUGGUUAAAAUUAAAUAAAAUCAAAACUUUAUUGAAUUAAUUUUACAUACAUUUUAAUGAUUUACUCUAAAAAUGUUAUUUUAUUUCAACAAUAAAAAUAGACCAAUUUUUCUAUUACAUCAUGGAUAGAUAAAAGUUUAAAAAUAGUUUU